AUGGGAUAAUGUGUAUGUUCUGAAUAAAUAGCUGUUCUAAGUGAGGCCCCUCCACUAACCUUUACUAGCAAAAUUGAGACCAUUCGAGAAGUAGGGGCUCUUCCAGAUGAACCAUUAAUUCAAGGAGAUUUAGAGAAGAAUUUAUCAUAAACCAAAACCAGAUAAUUAGAUGAUUCCUUACUGUUAGAAAUUCAUAGACCUGAUGUUAAAGAAGCUAAAUUAACAUCUUAAUUGUUCUAGACAUCCUCAUUCAAAGUCAAAGAACUAUUAGAUAGAUUGGCCCCUUUUGAAGUUGAAGACUCUGAAGCUUAUUUUUAUGGAGUAUAUGAAUUAACCAAUGGGAGUUUAUACCAAGGAGGAUGGCUAGAGGGUCAAAAAAAUGGAAAAGGAGUUUAAAUCAUGAAAAAUGGGUCAAUAUAUGAAGGUUAAUUUUCUCGAGGAACAGCCAAUGGAAAGGGUAGAAUGAUUUAUGCUGACGGCGAUUAUUAUAUAGGAUAAUGGUGUGAUGAUCAACAUCACGGAUAUGGUGAGUAUUAUCAUGGUGAUGGCUCCAUGUAUAAAGGAGAUUGGUUUGAAAAUUUAUAGAAUGGAUAGGGAUUCGAAUUUUUCUCUGAUUAAUCUAGUUAUACAGGUUAAUUCAAAUUAGGAAAGCGUGAAGGAUAUGGAGUCUAUAAAUUUCCUGAUGGUUCUCUUUAUGAAGGUUCGUUUAAAAAUAAUUAGUUUAAUGGAUAAGGUACUUAUACAUGGAGUGAUGGUAGAAAAUAUGAAGGAGAGUGGGUAAACGAUUAGAUGGAUGGAAAAGGCAAAAUGUCAUGGGCAGAUGGUACUAUUUAUUAAGGAGAGUAUAAGAAUGACAAAAAGCAUGGUUUUGGAACUUUGGCAUGGCCUGAUUCUCGAUAAUAUUCUGGGCAAUGGGAAUAUGGUAAACAACAUGGAAUCGGUGAAUAUACUAAUUCUUAGUAGGGAAAGAGGAAAGGACAAUGGGUAAAUGGAAAAAGAAUGUAAUGGUGUGAUUGA